AAUUGAUGGAGAAUAAUCAUUGAUAAAAAAAAAUGAAGGACAAGCUAUGGAUAAACUAGUCAGUUUCACGUGCAAUCACUACAGCGACGGGUAUACUUCAGGAGAAUAGAGAGUGUGUUCAUUCAAGUCAUCCGUGCCAUUUUCCAGACUCGCUUUUUGAACUGGACGAGGCGAGUUGGGCCGAAAAUAUCUUUCUCACCAAACUAUCAUCGGAAUAUCAAUUCUGUCUUCCCUUCUUUUUUUAUCCAUUCAUUCAUUUUUCUGGGGCUCUCUUCCCUUUCCUUGUUCUUUUUUAUCCUUUUUUUUUAUCCUUUUCCUUGUCAACCGCUGCAUUCUAGCCAUGGACCGAUAUGGAAGACCCGAUGCACGAAUGUACCAGCCCAAUGACCCGUAUCGAGCCGUAAGGAAACCUCCCAGUCCAGAUUCGUCCGAAUCAACUGGCAUUCCUAUGGAUUCCGACUUUAUGCAUUCCAGAACGGCAUCGGAUUCAAGCACAAGUCGGCUGGCCACGGGUGUUUCAGAAUCAGCGAAAAAUCAGGGUGAUGUUUAUAACAAUUACGAUUAUUACGAUCAAGAUCCGUACGCUGUGCCUGCGCGUGGUCACCAAAAGCGGCAACAUCGAAAACGAAAAGAUGAAGGGCAGCGAGCCAAUUCCUAUCUUCCUUAUUCCCACCAUCGACGAAAUCCCUACGGAGCCCACGAACCCGUCUACUUGGAAGAAGAACGAUUGCCUAGUUUCAUUUCGCCCGAUCGAGACGGACCGGUAGGCUCGAUCCUCCAAGACAACAUCAUCAUGGACACCGUCGAUCAUUUGGAUCCCAUCGACGAAACCCAGAAAUCACAUCAAUUGCUGGAACCGUUACCUUCAGGGAAAAAGAAACGACGGUGGUGCGGAUUGCGGAGACGAACCAUUGUGUACGUUGCGUUUGUGUUCAUCGUUAUUGUGGCGGUCAUUUGGUAUUUCGUGUGGCCGCGAGUACCGACGCUUCAGUUUCUGGAUGCUGAUCUGCGUGAGGAACCACCAGCCAAAGGCCCGCCUCCAAAUUUUGAAGUACACCUCAAAUGGAACAUUAGUAUGACCACCGACAAUUCGGAAAAUUGGGUGCCUACGCACAUCAAAGCCCUCACCGUGGAAGUAUUUGACGAUAAUACACAAGAGAAAAUUGGCACGGGAAGUUCGGGGCCGUUGGUAUUGGCAGCGAAGAAAUCACAGACGAUUCCCAUGAACAUCGACAUUGAUUAUGGGCCCAAGCGGCAAGCCACCGACACGUACAACGACUUGUUGGGCGCCUGCUAUAUCUCCAAGCAGAGCACGGUGCCAGAAGACCAGGAAAACCUCAAGCAACAAAAACUCAACGUCAUCUUCCGAGUCACCUAUCACAUCGCCGGCUUCGCUUGGACCACCACCGCUUCGGUUAAACCGGCCAACGGUUUUGCAUGUCCCACAAAGUAACCAAAGAUCUUUCCAGCCAAAAACCUGAUACCCCAAGUCACCCAUGUCUGCUUAAUUACCAAGAUUCAUCUUUUCUGUACCUUUAAUAAAUCCAUAAGCUGCCAUUAUUGCUUCUGUUUUCAGUUCUCUUAUUUAUUUAUUUAUUUCUUCCACAGACAACGUUGGAACUUUGGACAGAAGCAAGCAAUAUCUCUCGUGAUGAAUAAAAAAUUUUGGCGUGAUG